AUGGCUAGAACAGGAGAUAAAAGAGAUGAUCAAAGAUCCAAGCCCCCGACAGGGAGAUUCACAAACUUCACCCCCCUGAAUACCCCGAUUGAUCAGGUACUGAUGCAGAUCAAAGACGAAGGAGCCUUAACUUUCCCCGUCAAAUUGAAGGGUGACCCCAGCAAAAGGCCCAGGGAUAAAUAUUGCCAUUUUCAUCAAGUCCACAGUCACAACACGUCUGAUUGCUAUGACCUAAAACAGCAGAUAGAGGCCCUCAUUAGGCAAGGGAAAUUGCAAAAAUUCAUCGGCAAGGAAGGAACAGAACAAAACCCAGGAGUACCAGCCCGAAGAAAAAAUGAGCGACCCAGGCCACCCAUGGGAGACAUAAGGAUGAUCACAGGGGGCAGUACUUCUAGUUCCUUUAAGAAGGCACAUAAGGCAUACCUACGGAUGGUUCAGAAUAUUCAACUAACAAGAUAUGCCCCGAAGAUGGUGCGGGUUAACAAUCCUGUAAUUGAGUUCACGAAGGAAGAUGCCCGACGUCUCCACCACCCACAUGAUGAUGCACUCGUAGUCAGUAUACGGGUAGGAGACUAUAAAACCUACAGGGUAAUAAUAGAAAACGGAAGCUCCACGGACAUCUUAUACUAUCUAGGUUUUCAGCAGAUGAGAAUAGAGAAAGAACAAUUGAUCCCAACCAACGCCCCGCUCGUAGGAUUUGGAGGAACAAGGGUGUAUCCACUGGGUACGAUCAUCCUACCAGUGACAGUCGGAGAUUACCCUAAACAGAUCACGAAGGACGUGACCUUCCUAGUCAUUGACUGCUCAUCCACAUACAACACCAUAUUGGGACGUCCUACUUUGAAUUCAUGGAAGGCUGUAACAUCAACCUACCAUUUGAUGAUCAAGUUUCCCAUCAAGUGGCAGCGCGUGAAUGCUACAUUGUCAUGCUAG